AUGGCUCCCCACGCAGAGAACGGACACAACGGUGCUAGUGACAAGCCGUCGACAUUGGCUCCCCUCGAGCCUGGCAUUCCUGAGGUCGAGGCCAAAGUGAAGAUGCCUGCUUACCCACAGCCUCCUACCUUCGAUGACAAAUACCAGGAACGCGCGUACUGGAAAGGCCGUCUCGCAGCAGCAUUCCGCAUUUUUGGGAAGUACGGUUACGACGAAGGGGUUGCUGGCCAUAUCACGUACAGAGAUCCUGUUGAGCCCGACACAUUCUGGGUCAAUCCAUUCGGCACAGCAUUUAGUCUAAUCAAGGCCUCCGAUCUUAUUCGCGUUAGUGAGGAGGGAAAGGUCAUUGAGGGUGGUGAGAAUCGCCUCCUAAAUGCGGCGGCGUUUGCCAUUCAUUCUGCUAUUCAUCAAGCUCGGCCGGAUGUGAAUGCGGCAUGUCAUUCUCACACCAUAUACGGACGAGCGUUCUGUUCCCUAGGCCGGAAGCUGGAUACCAUUACACAAGAUGCAUGCGCCUUUCACAAUGACCACGCCGUGUAUGAGUCCUUCAACGGCAUAGUGCUAGCUGCCGAGGAGGGCCGUAAUAUCGCGCGCUGUGUUGGAAACAAGAAGGCUGCGUUGCUGCAGAACCAUGGGCUGUUGACGACAGGGAACACAAUCGAUGAAGCCGUCUUCUGGUUUGUGAGUAUGGACAAGUGCUGCCAUGCUCAGCUGCUGGCGGAGGCUGCUGCGGGACCUCGGGGUGAGAAGCCCAUCGUCAUAUCCGAUGAGGAUGCUGUCUUUACUUACAAGACGGUGGGGACGACAUACGCGGGAUACUUCAGUGCUAAGCCGCUCUUUGAUGUAAUUCACAAGGAAACUGGAGGCGACUAUUUGGAAUGA